CUACAAAUUCUGAGAAACUUCAGGCACUGAUUAUGCAAGAACGGGCUGCGAUCAGUCAGGAUGUGGUACAGAAGGUGACUAACAGCAUCCCAGGACAAAUCACAGAGGUUUGGAAAGAGAAGGACACACACUCUCUGCGGAUCCUCUACAUCGCCGUCACACCCGGACACGCUGGUUUCCCAGAGUUCAUGGCUGUGGGUCUGCUGGACGGAGAGCAGUUUAUGUCCUACUGCAGCAGCAACCGUACGCUGAUCCCAAAGGACUGGAUAAAGAAGAUUGAGCGUGAACCUUCUUGGGAGAGUGAGACUCAGAGCAUGGAGAACAACGAGGAUGAUUUUAAGAACACAUUCACAACAGCAAUAAAAGAGUUUAAUAACAGUAAAGGUAUUCAUACACUACAGAAGCUGUUCGGCUGUGAGCUGAAUGAUAACGGCACCACUAAAGGAUAUAAUCAAUACGCUUAUGAUGGAGAAGAUUUCAUCAGUCUGGAUCUCAGAACUGGAAUGUGGGCUGCUGCUAAACCUCAAGCUGUGAUCAUCAUACAGAAGUGGAAGGAUACACAUUACGGGAAACACCAGAAGCACUACAUGGAGAACGGGUGUAUUGACUUCCUGAAGCUGUUAAAGGUUCAUGGCAGAGAGACUCUGGAACUAAAAGUUCGUCCUGAGGUGUUAGUGUUCCAUAGACACUUGUCUCCUUCUCCAGAGGUGGUGUGUCACGCUACAGGUUUCUUCCCCAAAGCACUAAACAUCACCUGGCAGAAGGACGGAGAGGACGUGCAUGAGGACGUGGAGCUCAGAGAGACGUUACCCAACCAGGAUGGAAGCUUCCAGAAGAGAAGCAUUCUGAAAGUCCCAGCUGAGGAGCUGCAGAAACACACCUACACCUGCGUGGUUCAGCACAGCAGCUUGGAGAAGGAGUUAGUGCGAGAAGUACCAAAAGGUGGAAGAUCAGAUGGACAAUCAGAAGGAGGAUCAGGUGGAGCACAAAUUCCUAUCAUCGCUGCUGUAGUCGGGUCUCUCGUUGCUCUCGUCGCCAUUGUUGUUGGAAUUGUAGUCUGGAAGAAGAAGUACUGUGGUGGAAGGAGGAAGGAGGCAGAUGUGAAGUAUUCACAGAACGGGUCGUGUAUCAUCGGUAGUUCAAGCUUUAGACCUGUUCCACAAAACGGCACUGACAUCCCUGAAGGAGAUUCUUCCUGCAAGUAUGACUGUGUGUCUUCCUGCUGAACUGAGAGAGUAAGACAUGU